UUCUUUUCUUUUUUUUUUUUUUUUUGGAGCUGGGGACCGAACCCAGGGCCUUGCGCUUGCUAGGCAAGCGCUCUACCACUGAGCUAAAUCCCCAACCCCUUUUCUAUGUAUUUUUAUGUGAGUACAUUGUAGCUGUCUUCAGACACACCAGAAGAAGGCAUCUGAUCCCAUUACAGAUAUUCUGUGAGUCACUAUGUGGUUGCUGGGAAUUAAAACUCAGGACCUCUAGAAGUGGAAUCAGUCCUCUUAACCACUGUGCCACAUCACCAGUCCUUGAAAUUUUAUAUUCUUUGAAGAAAACAGGUUCAGAUCCCAGCACCCACUUGGCAGGCAGCUCACUACCAUUUCUAACUCCAGUUCGACGGUACUCCCAUAUUCUCUUCUGGCUUCUGCAAGCACCAGGCACAUAUGUCAUGGUACAUAUAUAUACAUCCAGGCAAAACACUAAUACACAGAAAAUAAAUCUUUAAAAAAGAACUGGAGAGUUUGCCUUGCUCUACUAAAGAAACAAAUGUUAUUUUAAAAGAGGGGGUGGGAGUGAGCAGGCUGGGAAAACGGCUAGCUCUCGAUAAACAUGAGGACCUGGAUCUGAACCCUAUCACCUACAUAAAAAGCCAGACAUGCAGUCAUGGCUGCAAGUGCCUAUAACCUCAGUAUUGGAGGUCAGAGACAGGUAACUCCCGAGAGCUCACUGGCCAGCCAGCAUAGCUCAAAAAGCAAGCUUCUGGUUCAAUGUAGCAGAGAGCCAGAGAAGAUGCCCAAACCUACACCACACGCCCAUACCCCUGAACCCCACCACACACACAAUCCGUAAAGGUAUUUGCCAUCAUAGUAAGUCUAUUUACUAUCUUCUUAAUAAACAAGAACAAUGUUCUGUAGAUAAGCAAAUCUUAGAAAUGGGUGGUAUCACAGGACUGAUUAUCAAGCUUAUUCAAGCAUAAGAUUAGUUUUAAAAAUGCUUGACAAAUGUUAAGAAAAUUAAGAUUACAGAAAACUAAAGAAAAAGGACAAAUCAGAAGACGCUUUUCAGCUACUAUGGCCAAGUCUGUCAGGAAACCAAGACAAGAUAUUGUGAGUUCCAGGCCCACCUGGACGAAAUAGAGAUCUUCUGGUUAAAGAAAAGGAGGUGAUAUUUUCUCUUGGAUAUUUUGCAUUGACAAUUCAGUAAAACCAAAGAAAAUUUAUUUUUCAAAACAAUGUUUAUGGACCUGUAACUUACUCUGAAAUAUAUGUUAAAAAAGAUAGAUAGGGGCUAGAGAUGGCUCAGUGGUUAAGAGCACUGACUGCUCUUCCAGAGGUCUGAGUUUAAUUCCCAGCAACCACAUGGUGGCUCACAACCAUCUGUAAUGGGAUCUGGUGCCCUCUUCUGGUGUGUCUGAAGACAGCUACUGUGAACUCAUAAAUUGAAUAAAUCUUAAAAAAAAAAAAAAAGAUAGAUAGGAAUGGAUGAUUAGGUAUGUGAUAAAAUAAAAUAAUUAUAGUGAAAUGUUAAGAGAAACUAGUUGGUAGUUACAGGACUGUUCCCUAUAGGGUUGUUUGAAAUUUUUUAUCAUUUUUUUUUCUUUUCUUUUUUUUCGGAGCUGGGGACCGAACCCAGGGCCUUGCGCUUGCUAGGCAAGCGCUCUACCACUGAGCUAAAUCCCCAAUCCUUGAAAUUUUUUAAAUAUUGGAAAAUCUUGUAUUAAAAUGUUGAGGAAAAACUACUAGAAAAUUUGAUGCAACUUUAUAUCACCCUACUUGAUAUAACUCUAUGGUACAGUGAUAUAUCUGUAAUUAAAUAGGGCCCAAACACAUGCAGAAGUAAUACCAAGCAAGUCUUUGAUUUGACAGAGUAGAAUAUACUGAGGUAAUUGUUCUCCACAACACAGAAGUCUGUGGGUAUCUGGAUCAUGCUAAUUCAGAUAUAGGACACAGCUAUAUGACUAUGUAUUCACAUCAAAAAGACAAGCAAAAAUAUAUGUAUGCACAAAUACAAAAGUAUACCACAUAUGCACACACACAUGUAUACGUAUACACACAUUACCAUGGAACAUCUAGAGCUUUACUGUUUCUCAAUUAUCCUUCAUUUUGUUUUGAGAUAGGGUUUCUGUGUAGCCCUGGCUAUCCUGGAAUUCAAUCUGUAGACCAAGGUGGCCUUGAACUCAAAUAUCUGCCUGCCACUGCCUCUCUAGUGCUGGGAUUAAAUACAUCUACCACCAUGUCUGGUACAUUCCUCAAUUAUCAACCAAUUUAAAAUAUUAAAAGUUCCAAGAACAUUCUAACAAGCAAGAUUUUGGUGAAGAUUAUCUGGAUUUUUGUUUCCAUAAGGUUCUAAUGCUAAUAUUAAAACUACACACUCUAAACUAUGAACACUCCCUAAAAUGUAAGAGUAGUGUACACACCUUUGAUUCCAGUGAUAGGAAGGCAGAACUUAGCCUGGUCAAUAUAGUGAGUUUCAGGACAGCCAGGUCAGCACAGUGAGAAACCUUUUCUCUAGAAACUAAAAUAAUGGGGGUUGGAGAGAUGGCUCAGCAGUUAAGAGUAUUUCUUGUUCUUGCAUAGGACCUAGAAUCACUGCACCACUGGGAGGCUGACAAGUGUCCAUAACUCCAGUUCUAGGGGAUCCAAUAUCAUCUUCAGGUGUUGUACAGACACACAAGUAGGCAAAACAAUUCAUAUACAUGAAAAAUCUUAAAAUAGAAAAGAAAAAACCCAUACAACCAUAACAACAACAAAAUCAACCUGUGGAUUUGGGGCUCAGAGUUGGUAUAAGAAGCUUUGGAAAUUUUAUGUCUAAUACCAAAUUUUGGGAGGCAAAUCUACUUGAUGUAAUUUAUACACCUGGGGCUGGAAAAGAAACUUUCAGUGCUUUAAACACCAAACAUGAAUCUCUCCUCUAAUCAAGUUUUUCUCAAAAGAGUUGUUGGUAGAACUUACUAGGACAAGUACCAAAUGAGUCACGUUACUUAGGUAUGCUUUCAAAGCACCUUAAAAAAAUUCUUCAAGAGAUAAAUUACUAGAUCGAUGGAAAACUGAGAAUCUCUUCUUUUUCACGAAUAUUCAGAUUUUAGUUGAUAAAGGAGGAUCUGGUAGAGUCAAUUCUGCUUUCUCCCAUUCUCACCUACAAUAAUUUCCCUAUUUGUUCCUCUCUGUAACAGACGAGUACAUAAAGAAAAAGGCUCCGAUGGCACCUAGCGAGUCCCCAAGCACAGCCCACCUCUCCUACUCCACACAACACCUGUGAUUACAAUAUGCCGUGCUCAUGUCACUCCACCUAAACAGUAGGUUCCUUAAAGACAGAACCCCUGUGUUGUCGCUCUGUUUCUCUCUGUUCUAUGUACACUCUGCACCAGCCUCGCUGCCAAAGACACACGUACGCGUUACCCUAGUACAGGCUAGCUACAGGGACACCGGGGUCCUACAAACGGGCGUCUGAAGUUACUAUUUCCGUAAUGCCUCUACUUCCCCCUUUCAAUUAAGAAAAACAAGAAAAAGAAGAAGAAAAAUGCUUUGAGAUGACGUGGUGACAGGAGGACGAGAAGCUACGGACAGGCCCAGUCUUGCGGACCCGGGGCUGGCAAGGAACCGGCGGGAUGUGAGGGCGGAAGGCCCACGCGACAACCACCACCCUGGAACACCAAUCUUGCAGAUUUGGUUUUCCCCUGCUUCAAAAAUGAAAGAAGAGAAAUGUAUGUUCACAAGUAUCCUUGGUAAGGAGAGCCUUAGAGGCCAUAUAAGACCAAAAUUGUUGAGAACCAGACAUAUGAUGAGCGUCUAGAGAUUAACGACUCGGAAGAGGUUGCCAGUAUUAGCACUCCAACCCCAGGACAUCAAGGCCCUCCUUUUUCUGCCGCUCUUCCCAGCAAGGUGAUGGCUGAUAACAGCAGUGAUGAGUACGAGGAGGACAACAAGGAGAAGAAGAAGCCCUCACAGCUGACCCCUCAGCAAGGCUUCAGUGAGAAUGAUGACGACGAUGACGAUGACUCCUCUGAGACCGACUCUGAUGACGAUGACGACGACGAGGAGCAUGGAGCACCCCUGGAAGGGGCCUAUGAUCCUGCGGACUAUGAGCAUCUGCCAGUCUCGGCUGAGAUCAAGGAGCUCUUUGAGUACAUUAGCCGGUACACACCUCAGUUGAUUGAUCUGGACCACAAACUGAAACCUUUCAUUCCUGAUUUUAUCCCAGCUGUUGGGGAUAUCGAUGCAUUUUUAAAGGUGCCGCGUCCUGAUGGAAAGCCUGACCACCUGGGCCUCUUGGUUUUAGAUGAACCGUCUACCAAGCAGUCGGACCCUACCGUGCUUUCCCUGUGGUUAACAGAGAAUUCCAAGCAGCAUAACAUUACGCAACAUAUGAAAGUAAAGAGCCUAGAGGAUGCAGAAAAGAAUCCCAAAGCCAUUGACACCUGGAUUGAGAGCAUCUCUGAGUUACACCGUUCCAAGCCCCCUGCGACUGUGCACUACACCAGGCCCAUGCCUGACAUUGACACUCUGAUGCAGGAGUGGUCCCCUGAGUUUGAAGAGCUCCUGGGAAAGGUGAGUCUGCCCACUGUCGAGAUCGAUUGCAGCCUGGCUGAGUACAUUGACAUGAUCUGUGCCAUCCUGGACAUUCCUUUCUACAAGAGCCGGAUUCAGUCCCUCCACCUGCUCUUUUCCCUCUACUCAGAAUUCAAGAAUUCCCAGCAUUUUAAAGCUCUUGCUGAAGGCAAGAAAACAUUCACUCCUCCAUCCAACUCUGCCUCCCAGGCUGGAGAUGCGGAGACACUGAGUUUCCUCUGAGCCUCCUCUUGGGGCUGUGCUUCAAAGUCAGGUGAACAUGGUCUCUGUUGGCAGCUUAACAUCUCCCUGCUCCACAGUUGGGCCCUGGCCACACAAGUCCUGCUGCCUUGUCUUUGAGAGCAGGGCACACCUGGGCUACACCUGCCUCCCUUUGCCUUUCCCGAGGAAGGAUGUGUCCACACUGCUGUGGGCAGCUGAGUUGGAAGAACUGGGACUCCGAGAGCCUCAGAACUUCCAGAGACACACAGACUGUUCUGUCAGGUUAUGAUGGAAUAUAUAUUGGUUUUCACCCAUG